AUGAACGACGGGACUGAGCUUUAUGAAAAGGACUUUGCCGCAUGUGGAAUGCGAUUAGGCUGUGUGAUCUCGCAAAAUAAAGAAUUUAACAAAGCGAUCCGAGCUCUUUGCCUCGCAGCAACAUUGCUAGAAGACCAGGAGUUCAUUCGAAAGUUCUUAGCAAAGUCGCAUACACUCCUACUUCGGAAUAGACUAUUAGCAGAAGAACUCCUCAAACAAGCCGGUAUUGACUUUUAUGACAAAGGGAAUGCAGGAUUCUUCAUCUGGAUCGAUUUGAGUCCGCAUCUUCGCAGUGAAAAUACUGAAGGAGAUGCAUGGGCUGCUGAAAGACUUCUUUCGGGUCGCUUCGCACAGGCAGGUGUCAUCAUGUCUACUGGUGAACAGUAUCAAGCCCAAGAGCCUGGUAGAUUUCGGAUUAUAUUUUGUGUGGACGAAGAGACUCUGCGGGAGGGGAUUAGAAGGUUAGUUCAAUGUGCCUAG